AUGCAGGUGGCCCAGCAGGCGCAGCUCCGCCAGGAGACGCAGCUCCUCCAGCAGACCUUCCUGUCGGAGAAGGACGCCCUGCUGCAGAAGGAGAAAUUCAUCGAGGAGGAGAAAACAAAGCUGGAGAAGCUCUUUAAAGACGAGGUGAACAAAGCCCAGAACCUGAAGGCAGAGCAGGAGCGCCAGCAGAAGGAGAUGGAGCAGGAGAAGCAGCAGUUGAAAGCCAUGCUGGACGAAGCCAAGAAGCAUCAGAAGGAAGCAGAGGAAAACGUCCGGCACAAACAGGAGGAGCUGCAGCAGCUGGAGAGACAGCGGGUGCAGCAGGAGAAGCUCCUGGAAGAGGAGAACAAGAAGCUCAGGGAGAGGCUCGAGCAGAUGCAGGAAGAGUACAAGGCCGCCCUGGCCCAGACGCGGGAGAUCAUGAUCCAGACAGAUGACCUGCCCCAGGAGGACACGGUUACAACCACGCGGCUGCCGGAUACCAAAGCUGUGCCCAAUGGCAGAGACGCGGUGGACGGCUUAGCACAGAAUGGGGAACCGGAGUUCGCGUUUGACGGCAUCCGUCAGAAGGUGUCUGCAGAGAAGCUGGCCGAUGCCGGCAUUUUGAGCCAGGAGAGCUUAGACAAGUUGGCGACGGGCGUCGUAAGUGUUGGCGAGCUCUCGCAGAGGGAAGAUGUCAAGAAGUACCUGCACGGGAAGAGCAGCAUCGCCGGUUUGUUAAUCAAGCCCACCAACCAAAAGAUGAGCAUCUAUGAAGCCAUGAAGAAGAAGCUGCUCAGCCCCGGCACCGCGCUGGUCCUCCUGGAAGCGCAGGCUGCCUCUGGCUUCAUAAUCGACCCUGUGCGAAACGCGAGGCUCUCGGUGAAUGAGGCGGUGAGAGAGGGAGUGAUUGGGCCAGAACUGCACAAUAAGAUGCUGUCUGCUGAACGGGCGGUAACCGGCUACAAGGAUCCUUACACCGGCGACAAGAUCUCCCUCUUUCAGGCCAUGACGAAGGAGCUCAUCGUCAGGGAGCACGGCAUCCGCCUGCUCGAGGCCCAGAUCGCCACCGGUGGCAUCAUCGACCCCGUCAACAGCCACCGCCUGCCCGUCGAAGCUGCCUACAAGCGUGGCUACUUCAGCGAGGAGAUGAACCGGGUCCUCUCCGACCCCACUGACGACACCAAGGCCCCGGACCGGGGCCGGUGCCCCCUGCCGCUCACUGACCAGGCAGCCAAAGCGAGAGAGCUGGUCUACACUGACAAAGAAGCCAAGGACGUCUUUAAGAAGGCCACGGUGACGGCACCGUUUGGCAAGUUCCAAGGGAAGACGGUGACCAUCUGGGAGAUCAUCAACUCCGAAUACUUCACUGAGGACCAAAGGCGGGACCUGAUCCAGCAGUACAGGACUGGCAAGAUCACGGUGGAGAAGAUCAUUAAGAUCAUCAUCACGGUUGUGGAGGAAAGUGAGAAAAAGAGCCAGAUGUGCUUCGAGGGCCUCCGGGCCCCUGUGCCUGCCGCUGAGCUGCUGGAGAGCAAAAUCAUCAACAAGGACCUCUACAACCAGCUGCACCAGGGCAAGAAGUCUGUGAAGGACGUGGCGGAGACGGACUCUGUGCGGCAGUACCUGAAGGGCACGGAUGCGAUUGCCGGCGUCCUGGUGGAGUCAACCGGCCAGAAGCUCACCUUCUAUGACGCCCUGAAGAGAAACCUGCUGAAGCCAGAGAUUGCCCUCUCCCUGCUGGAAGCGCAGGCUGCUGCCGGCUACAUCAUCGACCCCCAGGAGGAGAUCUACACAGAGAGCCAGGCGAAGGAGUGCUUUGACAAGGCGACCGUCGAGGUCCCGGUGGGCAGCCUGAAGGGCCGGACAAUGACCAUCUGGGAGCUGAUCCACUCCGAGUACUUCACAGAGGAGCACAGGCGGGAGCUCCUCCGACAGUACAAGACUGGCAAGGUGACCAUCGAGAAGAUCAUCAAGAUCGUCAUCACCAUCAUCGAGGAGGCAGAGACCAAAAAGAAGGAGAAGCUGACGUUCAGCGGUCUGCGGGCACCUGUACCUGCCAGCGAGCUGGUGGAGUCCCGCAUCAUCAGCAAAGCCCAGUACGAGCAGCUGAAGGAAGGCAAGAAGUCGGUGAAGGAGCUCUCCGAGACAGACGCGGUGAGGAGAUUCCUGCAUGGCAGUGACUGCAUUGCCGGUGUCUAUGUGGAGGCGACCAAGGAGAAGCUGAACAUCUACGAGGCCAUGAAGAGGAACCUGCUGAGGCCCAGCACUGCUGUGGUCCUCCUGGAGGCCCAGGCGGCGACUGGGUUCUUGAUCGACCCCGUGAAGAACCGGAGACUGUACGUCAACGAGGCCGUGAAGGCUGGUGUCGUCGGGCCUGAACUGCACGAGAAGCUGCUAUCGGCCGAGAAGGCUGUCACUGGGUACAAGGACCCCUACUCGGGCAACACCAUCUCCCUCUUCCAGGCCAUGAAGAAAGGACUCAUCGUCAAGGAGCACGGCAUCCGCCUGCUGGAGGCCCAGAUUGCCACCGGCGGCAUCAUCGACCCCGUCAACAGCCACCGCCUCCCCGUGGAGGUGGCCUACCAGCGUGGCUAAUUCGACGGGGAGAUGAAACGGAUCCUCUCCCACCCCCCCCCCGACGACACCAAGGGCUUCUUCGACCCCAACACCCAUGAGAACCUCACCUACAUGCAGCUGAAGGAGAAGUGCAUCGAGGACCCUGAGACGGGCCUGUAUCUGCUGCCUCUGCGGGAGCCCGAGAAGCCUACCAUGGUGGAGACCACCCGGGUGUACACGGAGGCAGAGACACGGAAGGUGUUUGAGGAGACGCAGGUGGAGAUCCCCCGAGAGUUCCAGUCGGGCCGUGUGUCCAAGGAGCGCAUGAUCAUCAUCAUCAUCGAGAUCAUCGAGAAGACUGAGAUCAUCCGGCAGCAGAAUCUCACCUCCUAUGACUACGUCCGGCGCCGCAUCACGGCUGAGGACCUCUACGAGGCCAAGAUCAUCUCUCUAGACAUCUACAACCUGCUGAAGCAGGGCUCCAAAACCUUCCGGGAGCUCCUGGAUGUGGAGACUGUCUGGAAGUACCUCUACGGGUCAGGCUGCGUGGCUGGCAUCUACAUCCCCUCCUCCAAGCAGAAGCUCAGUAUCUACCAGGCCCUGAAGAAGGGGCUGAUCAACUCUGAGGUGGCCCGCUCCCUCCUGGAGGCCCAGGCUGCCACCGGUUUCAUGAUCGACCCCGCAAAGAAUGAGAUGCUGACCGUCGACGAAGCGGUCAGGAAAGGCGUGGUGGGGCCUGAAAUCCAUGACCGGCUCUUGUCCGCAGAGAGGGCCGUGACCGGAUACAGAGACCCAUACAGCGAACAGAAGAUUUCCAUCUUCCAGGCCAUGAAGAAAGACCUGAUUCCCAGCGAAGAGGCCCUCAAGCUCCUGGAUGCCCAGAUAGCCACCGGUGGCAUCAUCGACCCGCACCUGGGCUUCCAUCUGCCCCUGGAGGUGGCCUGCCAGCGGGGCUUCAUCAACAAGGACACGUACGACAUGCUGUCUGAGCCCAGCGAGGUGCGAAGCUACGUGGACCCAUCCACGGAGGAGAAGCUCAGCUACACGCAGCUCCUGAAGCGGUGCCGGAAGGACGAGAACAGCGGGCUCCUCCUGCUCCCGCUCUGCGACACGAGGAAGCUCACCUUCCGGGGGCUGCGGAAGCAGAUCACCGUGGAGGAGCUGGUCCGUUCGCAGGUGAUGGAUGAAGCCACGGCCCAGCGCCUCCAGGAGGGCCUCACCUCCAUCGAGGAGGUCUCGAAGAACCUGAAGAAGUUCCUGGAGGGCACCAGCUGCAUCGCUGGCGUCUUUGUGGACUCCACGAAGGAGCGGCUGUCCGUGUACCAGGCCAUGAAGAAGGGUAUCAUCAGGCCAGGCACUGCCUUUGAGCUGCUGGAGGCACAGGCAGCCACGGGCUAUGUGAUUGACCCCAUCAAGGGCCUCAAGCUGACGGUGGAGGAAGCUGUGAGGAUGGGCAUCGUGGGCCCCGAGUUCAAGGACAAGCUGCUCUCCGCUGAGAGGGCGGUCACCGGCUACCGGGAUCCCUACUCCGGAAAGCUCAUCUCCCUCUUCCAGGCCAUGAAGAAGGGCCUGAUCCUGAAGGACCACGGGAUCCGCUUGCUGGAGGCCCAGAUUGCAACGGGAGGCAUCAUCGAUCCCGAGGAGAGCCACCGCCUCCCCGUGGAGAUUGCCUACAAGAGGGGCCUCUUCGACGAGGAGAUGAACGAGAUCCUGCUGGAUCCCAGCGACGACACCAAGGGCUUCUUCGACCCCAACACAGAGGAGAACCUCACCUACCUGCAGCUCAUGGAGCGGUGCAUCACCGACCCAGAGACCGGCCUCUGCCUCCUGCCCCUGAAGGAGAAGAAGCGGGAGAGGAAGACCUCCUCCAAGUCCUCCGUCCGCAAGCGCCGGGUGGUGAUCGUCGACCCGGAGACGGGCAAGGAGAUGUCCGUGUACGAAGCCUAUCGCAAGGGCCUCAUCGACCACCAGACCUACCUGGAGCUGUCGGAGCAGGAGUGCGAGUGGGAGGAGAUCACCACCUCCUCCUCCGACGGCGUGGUGAAGUCGAUGAUCAUCGACAGGCGCUCAGGGCGCCAGUACGACAUCGACGAUGCCAUCGGCAAGGGCCUGAUCGACCAGUCGGCCCUGGACCAGUACCGCUCGGGCACCCUCUCCAUCACCGAGUUCGCAGACAUGCUCUCCGGCAACAUGAGCGGAUUCAGGUCGCGGUCGUCCUCCGUGGGAUCAUCCUCCUCCUACACCGUCAGCCCGGCCCCGACGCGAACGCAGAUAUCCAUGUGGAGCGACCCGACCGAGGAGACCGGGCCGGUGGCGGGCAUCCUGGACACAGACACGCUGGAGAAGGUGUCCAUCACGGAGGCGAUGCGCCGCAACCUGGUGGACAACAUCACAGGGCAGAGGCUGCUGGAAGCGCAGGCCUGCACCGGUGGCAUCAUCGACCCCAACACCGGGGAUAAAUGCUCUGUCGCCGACGCGGUCAACAAGGGCCUGGUCGACAAAAUCAUGGUGGACCGCAUCAACCUGGCGCAGAAGGCCUUCUACGGCUUCGAGGACCCGCGGACCAAGACGAAGAUGUCGGCGGCCCAGGCCCUGAAGAAGGGCUGGCUGUACUACGAGGCUGGGCAGCGCUUCCUGGAGGUGCAGUACCUGACGGGGGGCCUGAUCGAGCCCGACGUCGAG